AUGGCAUCAAGCACAAGCAGCAACAAGAUGGACGACGUCGAUCGCUUGUUCGCAUGCUUUAAGUGCGGUUUAUCAACUCCCGAAUCUGCUGUAAGGGAAAGAAAAGGAAGAAAAAGGAGAUUGAAAGAGGGGAAUUCAAAGCAUGAGUCUCCAUCAGAAUCUCCAGGUGCAGGAUCAGUUGGAAGAGAACAUAAAACGCCCUUACAAUGCAGGAAAAAAACUGACACGGAGUCUUCCAUUGAGAAACUUAAAUCAGCAGUAGCCAGAGCAAAAAGCUUUAGUCGUGGGAAGCAGUUCUCUCCAGUUGUAUUUUAUGGAUCUCCUCAUGGUGUACCUCCCAAAAAGCCAACCCGUUUAUGGCGAUUGUUACAUGAGAUACGUCUUGAUCUCUCUCGGCAAAAUAAGUUGAACUUAAGGAAGGAAGUUUGGGUUACAUUCCCAAGGCAGGAUGACGCAAUAAAGUUUGCCAAAGGAAAAGAAGAUGUUUAUGUUUUUAGUUAUCAAGACCACUUCAAUGGCAAAAGAAGGUUCCUCGCGUCUACAUAUACUGAAUUCUGGCGAAGGUACAAAAAUAUGGAUUCCAAAUUUCGUCAUCAUUAUGAAGUGAUUCAAGAGGGUUUACCAUGCCACCUAUAUUUUGAUUUGGAGUUUGAUAAGAGAGUCAACACAGGAAAAAAUGGAGACGAAAUGGUUGAUCUCUUGAUAUCAGUAGUUCUAAAAGCCGUGCAUGAAAAAUAUGCAAUCCAGGGAGACCUUGAUUGGAUAAUAGAACUUGAUUCGUCAACUGAAGCCUUGAAUGCUGCUCUUGAUGGAGUUGGAGAAGUUUUAGUUCUUGCUGUGUAUACUUGCUUGCAAGGUCAGUUUUGA